GAUAUAUUCACAUUUCCGAAUCAGAAAAAAAAAAUAAAUAAAUUGGCUCUGCAUCUUAUCGUUGUCAACGAUAGAAAACAGUUUAGUGGCCGACAGAACCAUCGUCCGACAGCGCUAAAAUCUUGCUCGAAACAAUUGUUUGAGUAAAACCAAUUUAUUUAGUAAAUAAAAUUAGGCUUGUACAAUUCUAGUCGAUUUAAUAUUGUAUUAUAAUGAUUGCAUUGAGUUGCUACAAAAGUCUAAUACAUUCAAGGUGUUUAGCAAGCAAUAUUGUAUCAGGUGUAAAAUAUUUGUCCACGCAACCAUCUCGAAAUGCAAGAUUAGCUGAGGUGGGUAAAUUGGCCGCACCAAAAAUAAAUGAAAACUAUGUAACGGGACAAUUUUUUCUACAUCGUGUAUUCGGGUAUCGGGGUGUAAUUCUGUUUCCAUGGCGUGCCAAAACUUAUGAUCGAAAUACAUAUGCAUCAACCGAAGAAAAUACGACAAAUGCCAGUGAAACCGAUUCAACAACAUCAACGACUAGCGAUGAGGAGACAACAACGACGACGCCAACAGAAGAAACAGCCACAAAUGGAACUGACGCCAAAACAAAGAAUGGAAAACAAAAAACGAAAGUUGCAAAGAAAAUCGAAACCGAUGCCACAAAAAACGAUGGCAAGAAAGAAGUUACAUUCGAUGUUCAAACCUACUAUCAAGUGCUGAUUGACUCACGGGAUUGUCCACAUGUGAGGGCCCAAACCGAAGCCGUUACAUUUUUAGCCAAAAAAGAAACAAAUCGAAAUCUAUAUGCAAUUCAGGGUCUUGACUAUGUAUCACAUGAUGAUAUUAUACCGUAUUCGGUGUGGAGCCGAGAUCGAAAACCACUACGUCAUGAUUUAUUUGAUCAGUUUCUGGAGCAUACCGGCAAAUAUGAUGUGUCAUUCAAAGCAACGGAAAUGCUGUAUGCGUGGCAACAGAAAAAUCAUAGAUUUCUUGAAAUGACCGAAGUACAUCGUGAAACUACCGAAAAUAUACGAGUGACUGUGAUACCAUUUUAUAUGGGAAGCAAACAAUCAGCCCGUACACCAAUUCAUUGGUGGCGAUACAGCAUUCGCUUGGAAAAUUUGGGUCAAUUAAGCGUACAAUUGCGUGAAAGACAUUGGAGAAUAUUUGCAUUAUCCGGAACAUUGGAAACUGUUCGAGGUCGUGGUGUUGUUGGUCAAGAGCCGAUUCUGAAUUCACGAGCGCCAGCCUUUCAAUAUUCAUCACACAUAAGCUUACAAGCACCAAGCGGCCAUAUGUGGGGUACAUUUUUAAUGGAUCGAGAAGAUGGUGUUAGUUUCGAUUGUCGUAUACCGCCGUUUUCAUUGGAUAGUACAUCAAAUUUAUACACAAAUGAAUAAAAGUCACUUGAAUUUUCCCGUUUAAAAAACAUUAAAAAAUU